AUGUUCGCUUUGUAUCGUCGGCGAUGGCUCCUUGCCCCGAGUAGGGACCCCUUCAAGGUGCUCGGGCUUAACCGAUCGGUUACCAAAGUAGAUGUGAAAAUGAAGUACCGUGAGCUCGCGCGCGUGUACCAUCCCGAUUCCGAAACCGGUGACAGCAAAAAGAUGGAGGAGAUCAACCAGGCGUAUAAGCUGCUCAUGAAGGAGGGGGGGUUCGAGCGGCUUCACCUGCCCGCGAAUUCGACCGGUGGUGGGAGGGCAGCAGGGAUCCCAUCGGAGGAGCGUCGCCGCCGUGCCGCCGCGAUGGGGGCGCCGUAUACCGCGGAGCAGCAGGCGGAAGGGGGCGCUGCGUCCUCCACCUUUGAAAGGGCAACAAAUUCCGAUGGCGGCGUGCUUUCGGAUGAGGAGGUAGCAAAGCUCAGCGCGCUCGAUCCCACCACGGAGCGGUGCACCGCCUCGGGGAAGUAUCUCUACCAAAAUCGCGAUGACCACAGCUGGGUUGAGCUGGAUCGGCCCCUAUACAAGGCGGAGCAACCUCGCUAUAGGUCAUUCGGCACCGAUGCAAACAUCUUUGAGGAGAUGCGUCGGCGUGCGAUUGAGAAGGAAAAGGAACAAAACGAGAAGACGGCAUUCCAGCGUGCGGCUGAUCGUCUUACCGAUAGUGCGGAUUUGCCAACGCGAAAUCCACGGCUAGUCGUGCUUUACUUAUGUGCGUUGCUCGUCGUGGUAUAUAUUAUGUGUGAAAAGACCUUUGCACGCACAAAGCAUCAAAGAAAUCGAACGAUUUUCUAUGAUGAUCUUGAGGCGCAGAGGGCUCAAAUGGCGUGGCCCUAUGAGAAAUACAAAGAUGGAGUAGAGCUGUCUGUCGCCGCGGCGGCUAUUAUCUUUUUAGCUGCUAGCAAGGGGAGGACGGCGGCGGAUCCCAUUCAGACCUCCGCUCCGGAGGUCUACUUCCACGCUGUGCGCCCGCCAAAUAGUCAUUUUCACGUCAUAUCGGGUGUUUGA